AUGGAUUAGAAAAAAAUUGAUACACUCGUUUAAGAGGCUUUGACCAACCCAGACCCUGAUAUAUAGUAUAUGAGAGCAGAGGAACUUACAAAUGAAUUAACAAUAUUUUACGGGAAACCAGAAUAAGGAAUGGAAGAUGAAAGGAAUUAAAAGUUAAUUAAUAAUUGCUAUGGAGUAUUUUAUUAGCAUUUGCGAUCUUAAUAUAGAGAAGUUUAAGGUACAUUAAUUAAUAAUACAAAUAAGGAAAUGCCAUUAGAUAAUUUUAGAGAUUAGCUCCUUUAAUGAGAUCUUAAGAAGUGAAAUAUAUUGGCUUAGAAUUAUUGAAAUCUUCAAUCGAUGGAGUAAAUGAGAUCAGAGAAAAUUAUCAUAUAUGUCUUUAAGAAAUAGUAGAAAAAAUUCCAAGUCAAGUCUAAAGUUUAGAUGAAGUAUAAGAAGGGAUUCUAAAAAGUAAAUAUAAUUUCAAUAUAUAAUAGAAUUAGGAGAAUUGAAAGAAGCAGUAAAGAAGUUGUAGGUUUCAAAACAAAUAGUACAUUAAGAAAUUUAGUAAAAAGUUGAAAUAUAGGCUGAACUUUUAAAGAUCUUGAGUUCUAUUAUGUCAAGAUGGCCAAAAUUAUAUUAGAAGGAUUUCAGUGAUUUAUUGUUAGAUAAUAUAACAAACUCAAAUGAACUAUCAAUAAGAAAAAAUUCAUGCGUAUGUUUGGGUUAUUUAGGAGUAUGUCUUAAUCAAUAAAGCUUAAAUAAUUUAAUCUAAUCAAGUACAAGAUUGUAAUUUAUAUUAUAUAGAAAUACUACCUUUUAUUAAAGAUCUAAAAUUUGAUUAGUAGAAUUUCACAAAAAUACUUUGUUUAAAUCAAAGUUUGAAUUAUUUAGCUAAAAGUUCAGGAAAAUUCUUUGAUAAACUUUUAGUAGAGUAGAUUUUUUAAAGAUACUUUUAGACUUAAAAUGAAUAAAAUAAAGUAGAUUUAGAUAAUAUUAAUUAAUAUGCUGAAAUUUUAGAAAUUUAACUACUUACAAUAAAUUAUAUUUUAACUAAUCAUCAUACUCGUGCAUUUGAUCUUUAAUUAAUUGAUUCAAUAACUCCUUUAAUUGAUUUUGAUCCAUUAGGAGUAGCAGCAAUAGAAGAAGAAAAUCCAUAUGAUGAUGAUUAUUAUCCUGAUGAAGGUAAUUUCAUUUCAAUAAUAUUAGUAUCUGAUUCAACAUGGAGAGUUAGAAGAUGUACAUUAUACACAUUCUAAGAAUUACUUAAAAUUUAACCUUAACUUUAUAAACUCAUACUAUCAGCCUUAUUUGGUCCAAAUUAAAUUAUUAUGAGAAGAAUUAAUGAAAAGAAUGCUGAAAUCAAAUUAUCAAUUAUUCAAUUUUUGAUAAGUUUGGUUUAGGCUUCUGCUAUUACUAAAGAAGAUAUAAGCACUAUGGAAGUUGAACAAUUAUCAUUAAUCAAAUAAAGAUCCAUACCAGCAUCUAUUUCAUUAAUUGAAUUAGUCGAAUAACUAUUGGACAAAAUUUAAUCGAUCUUUUAAGAUAAUCAAGAACAAUAAUCUUUAAAAUCAGAAUCAACAAAAUUAUUAUUAGCUAUUGGACAAUAUUUUUAUACUCAAAUUUAAACUUCAAAUUCAUGUUUUAUAUAAAUAAUUAAUAUUGUUAAAUAAUCAAUAAUUGGUUCACCUAUUAAUUAUUCUAAUGAAUAAAAAGUAACAAUUUUUUAUCAUUAAUUUAGCUUGCUUCUAUUCUAACUAUGAAAACAAUAUUAAAUAUCACAGAACCAGCUGAAUUUUAAAUUCCAAUUUUAUAAUAAAUGGUUCUAAUACUUCUUGAAGCAGUCAAUUAAAAAUAUAUAAGAAUAUAAGUUGAAGGUUAUAAUACAUUAGAAACAAUUAUUUGGGUAUUUAAAAAGAAUUUUGAUGAAAAAAUAUUCUAAUCAUCCUUAAACUAAAUUAAAUAAAAUUUAAUAAUAAAAAUAUAGAUUGAUAAUUUAGAUUAAGAAGUAAAAUCAAGCUUAUUUUAACUUGCAUCUGCAUUAUUCAAGAAUUUUGGAUCAAUAUUUACUAAUACAGAAAUAGAAUAAUUAGCUCAAAUUUCAUUGACUAGAUUAUAGAUUGAAGCUCUAACUACCAAUAUUAUAAAUCUUGUGCAAUAUUUCAAGAAUCUUAAUGAUCCUAAACCUUUAAUUUAAAACAUAGCAAAUUAACUAUAGAGAAAUGAUAAGGCUUAAACAUUUAUAACUUUAAUUCAUUUAAUUAAAAAUAAUAAAAUCGAUUAAAAAUUAGCAGCUGAUAUAUUAAGUAAAUUCAAAUCAAUUACAACAGAAAAUUAUGAUUUGUAACUUUAAACUUUACAAGUAUUAAUUAAAUUUACUGGUAUCAAAUUACCAGAAUAGUUAAUAAGAGAAUCUGUUAGAAUUGGAUUAUAACAAUCCAAAAUAAAACCUGAAAUUGAAGAUUUCUUUAAUUUAAUUAAUUAACCUUAAAUAAUAGAAUCAGAAAUUUUAAAAUAACUAGGAAAAGAAGAAUUAUAUUCUGCUGGAUAAAUUUAUUGCUCAAUAUUAAAAAAUAUACCUGGAUCAAUUAGUAACCUUUAUUUUUCAAUUGUUACAAACAGACAGUUAAAGUUAUCAACUCUAAGAUUCUUGCAUAAAUAUUAAAAUCAUUAAAAGGCAUUAGAAAUUUUAUGCUAAUUAAUUAAGGAUAAUUAAGAUUCUGAUUUGGCUGCUAUUGUGAUUGGAUCAGCAGUUUCUGAUUUUUAAUAAAUAUAAAAAUUGAUUGAUUAAAAUCCAAAUUAAUAUCAAUUUUAUUAAGCACUAAAAGAAUUCACAGAAAUUAAAUAAAUUGCUAAUCCAAUUAAUGUUGCUAAAUAUAUUUUAGAAUAAGUGAAUGGAAAAGAUAAAACAAUAGCUACAAUUUGUGGAGAUAUAUUGGGAGGUUUCUUAAAGUAAAGUUAUUAAUCUUUAGAAUAACUUAUAUUUGAAAGUCUUAAGAAUCCUUCUUAAUCUAUUAGAUAUACUUGUAUUUAAAGUCUGAAAUAUACUCAUUAAUGGUCUUAAAAAGCUUAAAUAUUGUUAGAAAUGCUUUAAAAUGAAAAAGAUCUUCAAAUACUUACAGGAAUUAUCAAGGCUCUUACACAAAAUAUAUAGCAUAUUUAUUUAAAUAAUUUUAUUCAAUAUUUAAAAUAUUGUUUAAGAAGAUAUGAAGAAAAAGAAUUGAAUUUUGGAAAUUUUGUAGAAAAAAGAGAUGAUGCUAAAGAUUUAAGAUCCUUAUCAUUUGAUUUGUUGGAAUUAUUUUUAGAUAAAUAAAAUAUUGAGUUGAAUAUUAUUUUAGAUGAGGUCUUUGAAAAAUUUAGUAAGAAUAAAAUAAUAAAAUAAUAGUUGAGGAUAAAUAUGAUGAAACAAGAAUUCCAAGAUUAAGAAUAGUUAUGAAGAUUGUUAAGAAAGACCCUUAAGCAGUAGUUUCUCAUGUUGCAAUAUUAGCAAAGAUAUUUGAGCCUAUUUUAAAGACUUUGCAACAAAAUUUAUAAAAAUCAGAUUAAGUAAAUAUUAUAAUAAUAAAAAUUAUUAGAAUUUGGAUAAGGAAAUAGAAAAAAUUAGAUUGAUAGUAAACAUUAUGCAAGGUAUGAAACAAAGUUCAACUGAUGCAGAUAAGUUUUUAAAAGACAAUGUAACAUAAAAAAUUCACGAUUUCAUACGUUAAUGAGAAUGAAAAUUUUAUAAUAAUAAAAGAACCAGU